ACCAGGAAGCUGAAGGCCCUGGUUGCAGAGAUCCCGUUGUGUCUCCCCCAUCCCCCCCCAAAGGGGAAGGUGCCAAGGCACCAAAGCCUGCUGAAACAUCAUGUUCUGUCGAUUGUACUCUGAUACACAAUGAAACAUAGACAACUUCACCCUUUAACUCUGAGCCGGAGGAAACCGAGCUGUUCAUCUUCAGUUAAAGAAAGAAAAAGUGAAUGGGAACUUUGUGCUGCAGCAGAUCAUUAGUGUCCAGGCCAGACAACAAAUUAAGAUUCAAGCACCCUGUAAGGACCAAUGCACCCAAUAGCUCAUGGAAGAAAAAAAUCAAAUCAGGACGUCCUUGGUUUCCAGGCUACCGAAGUAUGGAACAAAAACUUUAGGAAGUGUCUUGCAACCUAUGCCAAAUGGGACAACUGUUAGUUUAUCAGGGAAUAAUGGUGACAAAAAUGUCGGCAAGCACAAUGGCACUGUUCGCAUGUCUUCCUUUUCUUUCAACUGGAGAAAAUCAAAUAAAUAUCAGCUUUGUGAUCAAAAUGGGAGAGAGUCUAACUCCAACCCUAACUGUAAUGAAAAACUAAUUGAUUCUGAGAAGUAUUCCCAGUCUCAAGGAGCAUUGGGUAAGGAUAUGCUCAGGGUGGGUUUGAACAGCACUGCUUCAGUUGCAUCAAAAACAGCAAAGCGAACCAAUAUGUUUGUAUCUUCUACUGAGGAAUUGAACCCAAAGUCUUUGCCUGGACUCUCUAGUUCAGCAAAAUUUGCCAAAGGUACUCUGUCAGGCAGGACCUCAUAUUCUGGACUCAGUGCUCCAAAAUCACAUUUAAAUGGAUUUUAUGGAAAUAGGCCAAUGGUAGGUUUGCAGAGAUCUAGAGCUAAUUCCAGUGCCGCAAGGACAAGUUCAAGAGAAAGCUUGGCACAAUCUACAGACAAUAGUAAGACUUUUUCCUGUGAAAAAAUGGUAAGAUCUCAAAGUUUUUCACAUUCCAUUCCUAAUUCUUUCCUUCCCACUGCAUCUUUAACCAGGUCACAUUCCUUUAAUAAAGCUGUGGAUCUUACAAAGCCUUAUCAAAGUCAAAAUCUAGCUGUUAGGACAUCUCAGAGGCCAACUCUAUUGUCAAGAAAUGCACGGCAGUUGGAUGUACCCAAUGGAAAUGAACCCAUGAAAUACGGGUUUACCAGGCCCUAUACUGGUAUAUCGGCUCCUUGUUCAAAGAAGACCCCGCUCUCAAAUGGAUCUGGGUCAGCACCUUCUUUUGGGUACAGGUUAAGCCGACCUUCUUUGCUGAAGCCUACUAGACAGCGAUUUGCUGGAAAUAUCAUUGUGGAUGACUGCAAAAGUACAACUCCUAGUACAUGCAUAGUGGAGAACUCUGAAAUUUCAACGAAUAUUAAUAGAGUAAUUGAGAAUAAUAGCAUUAUAGAGAGCGGUACUCAAAGAAUAGAAUCUGGCGAGGGUCUCCGUGAGAGCACAGGAAAGCAUGGGUCAAAAGUCAUGUGUAUGAGUGAUGAUGGAGAUGAAAUAUCUAUAUCUUCCUUGUCAUCUUCUGAAAAAAAUGACUUGAGUGAAGAUUUCAGUGAUGAUUUUAUAGAUCUGGAAGACCCAAAUAGAACAAUACAGACACAGCAGAAGGAGGGCAGUAUUCAAGAACUGGAGCGUGGAAACACAGCACCGAUAGAGCCAUUCACUUCUCUCAAGGAAAGUGGAGGAUCCCGCUGUAACGCUGAUGCCUGGCUUGAUAUACAUGUGUCUGUGGAUGACAACAGUGAAAGCACAAAGCAUACUACCGAGAACAUGAUUUCUCCAGACAUGAAUUACAGAGCUGGCUCCUCUUUUGAGCUUUCUCCAUCUGAUAGUUCUGAUGGCACAUACAUGUGGGACGAGGAAGGGUUGGAACCUAUCGGAAGUGUUCAUCCGUGUGGAAGUUACGAGUCUUCAGAAAUGAACAGCAUUGAUAUCUUGAAUAAUCUUGAUUCGUGUGAUCUUGAUGAUGAUGAUCUCAUGCUUGAUGUGGACCUACCUGAGGACCCACCUCAUGACAAUGAGGAAUGUGAAAAUAUGAGCCGUUAUGACAGGCAAGACAGAAAUGCUAGGCAACAUCUGCCGGAAGGAUUCUGGAAAAGAGCACCCCAGCCACGAUGGAAUACGCAGGAUCACUAUCAUCUUGGCAAUACUGAUCACUAUGCGCAUGGUAAAAAUGAUUUGAACAGGGGAUCAAACUGCCUAGAAUCUCCCGUUGGUCACUUUGAAAGCUAUGGAGCACCAAAUUUUUACCAGGCUCCUAGACAGCUGGUGGGCUUACCGGAGAAUACUGUGAUGCUUGACGAAAUGACACUUCGGCACAUGGUCCAGGACUGCACAGCUGUAAAAACUCAGUUAUUGAAACUGAAAAGAUUACUGCACCAGAAUGAUGAAAACGUGUCACUCCAGGACAUCCCACUCUCGAUGCCAUCAAGUCCAGAACCCCAAGAAGCUGAACCAACUUUUAAGACGGAAGAUCUGCUAAAUGAAAUCAAGCAGCUUAAAGAUGAACUGAAGAAAAAGGAUGAAACAAUCAACCGAUUAGAGCAUCAACUUGCCACUAGAUGUGACUGCCAGAAAGACAAUGAAAAACUUGCAGGGGCAACAUGCUUGCAUGCUGACAAAUUUACGCAAACCUCCUGGAGGAGAAGUUCUCCUCAAGUACUACAGCCUUCCAGCAACCUUCCCAGUUCCACAGACCUCGACCAGGGAAAACUAAUAAAAAUGCCACAUACAGAGGGCCUCAGUGAAUAUCCUAAACAUGAUCCACAUGAAAAUGGCAAUCAUAAGGAUCCAAAUGCUGCAAAAGCAUCUCUCACUAAUAGUCUGAAUGAACUAAACACACUAAUGAGUAUACAGUUAAACAUAAAAGAUGAGAAUGCAUCAUAUUUGGAAAAUUUGAAAAACGAAAAUGCUGAAGACCCUGGGGAGCGGGCUAGUAUUAAAGAAGGUAUAUUACAAUCUCAUUCCUAUUUUCCGGCAUUUACACGAGCCGAUGUUAGAGAGGUGCAGACUGAGUUAGCUGUGAAAGGUCAGCCCUCAUUCACAAACAAGGCUUCUCGGCCAAAGACUUUAGGAAUUGCAAAGCCCCCAAAUGCUUUAGUGCCUCCUACAGUGGCCGUGCUCGCACGAUCUGCAAAUCAUUCUGCUGCUUCCAAGGAGCCUGAGCUUCUGCUAUCAAAUAGUCCGACUCAGCUAGAGCCAACAUCUGGUCAGGCUAACCUAAAGAGUAAACAGAGCCAGAAAGUGUCUAAGCUUCGCCCACCAACUAUGUCCUUCGUUAAAUCUAAACAAACGAGCAGUCAGAAAUCCACACUGGUCUCUCCAGAGCCUCAAAACACUUGUUCGAAGACUAACAUCCCAAAGCCACCGGUGCAAAGAAAGGAAAGCGUGCAAAUGCAGAGUACCGGUUUGCAUUCUGGGGAUAGCUUGCCCUCUAAUCGGCCUUCCCGCCUCCCUAAACCAAAGACACAUUGAGAACGUGUGUACCCAUCUCAUUGAAUGAUGCCAUACAUUAAUCUACUUCCCAUGUGUUGACUGCCUUUGAGGCUGCUUUACCUACAGCCUGCAAAUCCUGAGUGACUAUUAAAAAUAGCAUCUUUCUUUAGAGUUUGCAUAUUCCAUUCUCUUCUCUUCUUAAGUUCAUGUUAUCAACUGUGCAGCCUCUCUUGAGAGUGUUCAAGUAUAUCGUAAGUCUGCAUUAACGAUUGCACUGCUCAUUGAUCUUAAUAAUUAAGCAAAAACUCAAGUCUGUGGUGACCACAAAUACCAGAAUGCUGCACUAGGUAUUUCAGGAAGGCAGAAAUCUGUUAUUUUGAGGGAUUAGACAAUGAAAUUACUAUUCAGUCUAACUUUUUGGUUCUGACUGCUGGUUAGGUUAGAGUGGUGGAAAAUUAGACUUAGUAGCAGAUGUUUUAUUGGCCAUACUUUUGACUCUGUGUUUCAGAGGCCUAUGCAAAAAUCCUUGUAUUUAUCAUUAUCUGAAGAAUGACAUAUUUAAUGUUAUUUAAUCUGAUGGGUUGGGGAGUUGUUUGGGGGUUUUUGUUUGUUUGUUUUGCUGUAAUCUGAAGUUGCUCUGUUUUUUAUUUAUCCCAUUUUCACUGUUCACAGACAGUAAGCAGAUUUCACAGGGUGAAACGGAUCUUAUCUCUUAGACAUCAUCAUUUGUUGUGACAUUGUGGUAUGCUUUUAUUGCGUUGAAUAGACACGUUAUUGGGUAAAUUUUUGAAACGCAGUGCUAGGGAUGCUUGUGCAAAACCUGCCGAUACAGGCUCUUAGGAAUUGGUAAGUAAAGAGCCUCUGGGAAUAAGGGGUCCAUAACACCUAUGUUGAGGUUGCACAACAUGCAUUUUAAUUAAUAUUUUUAACUUUUAUUGUGCUACUUGUAUUUAUUGAUUUUUGUUUAUUACUGGAAGUCUCUGAAGUACCUGACUUGAAAUGUUUGCACAGAAUUUUGCCAUAUAUGUAAGAAUGUGGAACUAUUUUACAUAAUAAAACCUGAUUUAAAAAAGCAGCUACUAAAAAAAAUAACCACCCCACCUAUUUGCUUUGAGCAAUCCUGUUAUGUCCUAAUCAGAGCUGGUACUCUUAAGAGUUUUUCAUAGAUGUGUAUUUUGUUUUGGCUUUUUUCUUUUUGGAAUUUCUAAAGAAGUGCAUGAUAACUGGGAAGGAGCUUUUUGGGGAAAUAAAACAAAAAAAAAUCUUUCUGCUCUCUAGAAAAGCAUUUUUUUCUAAAAGUGGUCUGGAAAUAUUUGCCCAUCAUGGUGCAGCUAUGGGACCAUGACACUCAUGCUGUGGGUUGCGUAUAUGCACAUCCAGUGAAGUGUGCUAAAAACUUACCCUUCUGUCCCAUCUCCCAAUUCUCCUCUUCCCCGUCACUGUCUCUUGAAUUUUACUUUUUUUCCUCCUAUUCUUAAGUUGGUUUUAAAAUCAUCAGCCUAAACCUGUUACAAUUAUUUCACUCAAAAUCUGUCCCUGAACAGCAUAUAAUGACAGCGAAAUGAAACACAGUAAUAGCUUGUUCUAGGCUUUGGCUAUAUGAUGUUGACGUGUUACAGUGUAUUCUUUGAGCUAAUAAAGUGAAUAGGUAUAGACAUUUCAUAAAUAUGUUCAGUAAUCAGCUUUUGUAAUAUAAUCCCUUUAACCAGGGAUAGAUACCCUGGUUGGAGGAGAGAAGGAAAAAAAUCAUCGGAGUUGUAUUUCUCAAUGCAUAAUUAACGUCCAAGAAAAUGUCAGGUUUCUCACUGUUAAGUUGUUUCACCUGACAAUGAGAUGAAAAAUUAAAGCUUGGGGGAAAAGCAGGGGGCAGAUUAUGUUUAUUUCAGAACUGGCUAUGUGAUUCUGAAGACCUGCAGGACCUUCUGACAAAUUUGUGGGGGGAGGUGGGGGAGAAGGGGACCGGUUAAGCAAGAAAUAACAAGAGCAGUAUUAAUUUGUUGCAGUUGCUAAAAGAUCAAAAUAAGUAUAACUUGAGAUUACUGUUAUAAUUGUUCUCCAGGAAAAUUUAUUUCUUGCCUUGGAAAGUAUUGAAUCAGGUGACCUUUGACGUCCAGAAUCAGAGUAGAUGUUUACUUUGGGUAAGAAAAUAAAACUGACUUUUUAUAUUCCCCAAAAUUAGCUCCUGGCAGCUGCCUAUAUUUCUCAAGAGUGUAGAAACUGCUGAGGGAAUGAUCAGAUUCCUGGUUUGUUUUCAGGUCCGUAUAUAUUUCCGUGGAAGUUUUUCUUUCUUUUUUAAACUUCACUUUCCUUGAAGGGAAGCUGAUUUUAUUUUUAAUUGUAUAUGUUUUUGUGCAAGAAGUUUAUUGUUACUUAAAAGAAUACUAUUGAUGGCAGUGUUUCGCCAUGAGUCCUGUUGUUUCUACUCGUUCUGGAGGCUUCAUUGGUCUGAUUUAGAGAUUUUAAGCUUUUAUGUUUAAAUUUAAAAGUAUAGAUAUCUACCUAUCUGCACCUUUACUGAUAAUUUAGGAGGGAAGCAAACAGACUAUCAGGGUUUUCAUAAAACAGAUGAUGACCCUCCCCCCCCACCAGAAGAACAAAAACAUAUUUAUUCUGCAGGUUGUUCUAUACUGUUAAAGAAGCAUAAGUAGAUUAUAUUCCUUGGUGUGAAUAUGUAGGGUUUGCCAUUUUGCUGUGACAGAUGAGUAAGAAAUUGCGCUGAAGAUAGCAGGAUUGAUCAUAGAUGAGGCAGACGCUAGGCUGAAUUGUGUUUGUAUUCAGCUGCGAAUCUUGCAUCGCUCUAAACACAAUUGUGUAUUUUGACUCUUCUGACUUUGCCAGGGAAGGUUCUGUUGCAUGUAUAGCAAGUCCAGAGUAUGAGUAAAGCUUGUCAGCCGACGAGCAACUGGAAGAGAAGCAGUGAAGGGAAAUUCAAAGCCUCACUUCAGUGGGGAGAGGGGGUAAGAGGGUGCUGUGAAGAGCAUGUCAAAUGGUAUUAAGCAAGUAACUUCAGGUAAUUGGUCUACUUUAUUUAAGGAGCAUGUAUAUCAUCAGUACUGGUGCAGAUUAUCCUAAAUGCUUAAAUUCAAGGAUUUGAUAUCUUCAGAGUUUUUUUAGGUUUCUGAAACUGGUUUAUUGCAGAUUUUUUAUGCUUUUGAUGUCUCCUUCUUUUGUGCAAUAUUCACAAGUAUUAAACUACUGUUCAGUAUGUGUGUACAGAGGCAAUUAUGUAUUUUAAUAAGUGAAUAAACACAAAAGAAGAAAAACAGAAUUGCACUUUAAAUGAGCUUUAUUGCUUGGAGUUGUGCCUAAAUAAUCUAGAUGCCUCCUGUUGUGUGUGUGGCUUUUGUUUGAAACUAAUUUCCCUGCUAGUGUUGCUGCUUCCAAGAUACCUUCACAUCGCUUUCACAGAAUUAAUAUACACUCUAGCAUGUUUAAAAAUACUCAUAUAGUGUACUGAGUUUUUGUUGUGCAAUGACUUUAGUGCUAAAAUUCCACAGUUAAAUUAGUGAUGCAGCCAGAAGAUUACCUUCCCCUUCCCUGAAACUGGCACUUCAUAGUUCUGGUCAACGCCAAUGGCAAAACUUUCAAAGGACUAGCCUACUCCUUAAAGAACGAUGUUCCUAGCCUAUGUUUUGGUUCUGUUAGAGAAAAGUGCAAUACUAACUCCUAGCCUUUCUUGAAAUAAUUAUAAAAGCCCUGAAAAAUCAAAAACUGCACUGAGUUUUCUAUCUAGUUCAAAAGAAGUGGGUUCUUGAACUUUAAAUCUCAUAGCAGUGAGACUAGACAUAGCAACUAGACUGCAUCAUAGGUCAGUAAAAUUAAUUUCAUCCUUGAUCUAAAUGCUGAUUUGUUGUAAUGAUGCUAGAAAAUUGAAUACCAUUUGUGUGAUUUACUUUGUUUGCAUGUCACAACCAUAUGCACAUUCUACAGUGGCCAUGCUCUGGUAGGUUGCAUGUUGUGGGAGGGUGGGAUGGGAGAGGAAUAUUUUAGUUUUUGCACAGCACAUAAUCCUCUUGAUGUGGACAUUUUCUUGCCACACAAAUGGAAAUCCACUCUUGAAUUGGGCUUCCGUGGCUAUUCUUUAUCUUGUUUAUAGUGGCUUUUUCUGAGCAGAGUGGAUGUACUACAUGAUCCUGGUGGUAGGUCUCAGUUUUAUAGUAAUCUUACAACUACGCUAUCAAGGAAAUUCAGUCACUGUUGUGGUAAAGCUGCUCACUGCCUACCUAACUGUAAAAGCACCACAAUAAAAACAACAUAAUUCCAGUGUCAGUGAAGUCUUAAAUUCAGUACUAGCUUAAAAAAAAAAAAAAAA